CGCGCUCAGUUGCAACAACGCGCUCAGUGAGGUCGGCAGCACAAAGCAGAGUCGCUCUCAGCCGCCGGGCGCCGUCACACACUCACACGCUCAGACAGCUAACGCACAUCAGCAACACACACUAACACACACCAACACACACCAACACGCAGCAACACACACCAACACACACCAACACGCAGCAACACGCAGCAACACAUACAAACACACACCAACACACCGGGACCUGGAGCAGAUUCAACAAGAGGCAGAACAGACGCCAGAGAAGAGGAGGUACGAGGAGUAAAACAAGGGGAGAUAACGAGCCACGGAUUCGUUCAGAGCGAAGACCUCUGUCAGGUUGCCCCACUGAGGCCCCCUGCUGACUGGUAACCAGUACAGCGCUGUCCCGGUCUGGGAGCUCCAUGACUGUGUCCACAUAACCUCCACCUGUGUGUGUGUGUGUGUGUGUGUGUGUGUGUGUGUGUGUGUGUGUGUGUGUGUGUGUGUGUGUGUGUGUGUGUGUGUGCGGCACCAUGCUGUGGACAGUGCUACUAGCUCUGCUGCUGCUCCUGCUGCUGCAGACUCAGCUGUCUGUGUGCUUGAGGGAAUUACGCAGCGGGGGUUCCUACUCCUCUUCGUCAUCCUCUUCAUCCUCCACCUCCUCCUACAAUGCCACCCAGCAGCGGCUGCCCGGAGCUAUAAUAAUUGGUGUGAGGAAAGGCGGCACCAGGGCCCUGCUGGAGAUGCUCAACCUGCACCCAGACGUGGAAGUCGCAAAGGCCGAGGUCCACUUCUUCAACGUGGAGGAGCACUACCGCCGAGGCCUGGCCUGGUACCGGGCCCAGAUGCCCCUCACGCGUCCCGCUCAGCUGACGCUGGAGAAGACCCCCGGCUACUUCGCCGCCCCGCAGGUUCCGGCGCGCGUCUGGGACAUGAACCCCGCCGUCCGCUUGUUGCUCAUCGUCCGGGACCCCGCCGAGAGGCUGGUGUCUGACUACACCCAGGUCCUCCACAACCGCCUCAGCCGCCACAAAGCCUACCGGCCGCUGGAGGAGCUGCUGCUCCGCGGCGGCCGCAUCGACCCCGGGUACAAGGCGCUGCAGAGGAGCCUGUACCACCAGCACCUGGCGCGCUGGCUGGAGGUCUUCCCCAGGGAGCAGAUCCACGUGGUGGACGGCGACGCGCUCAUCCGCGAUCCCUUCCCUGAGCUGAGGAAGGCCGAGCGCUUCCUGGACCUGCCGCCCAGGAUCAGCGCCAGCAACUUCUACUACAACACCACCAAGGGCUUCUACUGCCUCCUGUCUGCCGGGCACGACAAGUGCCUGGACGAGUCCAAGGGGAGGCCGCACGCGCCCCUGAGCAGCCAGGCCUUCAACACGCUCUGCCGCUACUUCCGGAGGCCCAACGAGCUGUUCUUUGAAAUGGUGGGGAGGUCGUUCUCCUGGUGCUGAUCCGGAGAUGAAAGGAAUCAAACUGUUGUCGGUGUGUGUUUGUAGGCAGAUACACGGAGGGAUCUCAUCCUGUUGCUGAUUCCUGCUCAGGUACAAACGUGGCCCAAUGAACUGGAACUCGUGGCCGAACCGAACCUUUACCGUGACCACGCUGGUGCCUCCGGUGGAAACCGCCACGACAGCAGUGCCGUACAGCCGCUGGAAUGAGCUGCCCGUCAGUGCUUGUGUGUGGGGUGUUAAAGUAGAAAUAGAAAGACGGCUGAAGUGAUUGCACUAUGAACUUUAACUGUGUAAAAAUCCACGAGGUUUGAUGUAGAAAACAGAAAACGUCCUUUCUUGGAAGCUUCUCAACAGCUGCAACAUGUUUGUGUUAGUAAAACUAUUUAAGUUGAGUUUGUUUGCUUCAUGCUUUUGUUCAUUUACUAGAAAUACUUUUAGAGGUCGAGUCAUGAUACAGAAUGGAUUUUUUAGCUCUUUUGAAAGAAACAGCACUAAAACUGUGUGUUGUUUUCAGUUCAAGGCUGAUCUCAUUUCUCUGUUUUUUAAGAUGUCCUUCUAAUAAAUGUUGGGUCCCACAACCUUCUGCUUCACGGUGAGGUUUAAAUGUGUAAGACAUCAAACAUGCAGCGUCUCUGGAAGCUCCUCUCUCUCAGUGGAUGGAGAUGUUCUCUGUCAAAGUGGGCCCGGGUCCGUUUCCCCAUUAUCGCCAGCGCCACGCUGCAGGUCACCUCAAGAGCUCAAUCAGAACUUCAUUCAUUUAAAGCCAGAACGUCAUGUCAGUGGACCGACUACAGCAGUCAACGUCAUGAAACUGUAGGAUUUAAGCACAACACAGGCUGGUUUGCUUCACAUAAUCCCAUUAAACUUGUUCAAAUGCAGAGAAAAAUUUCCCCAAGGGGAUCAAUUAAAUCUGUCUAAACUUGCUUCACUAUGCAACUCUGCACAGGUAACUCGCUCCCAAAUUAAAAAAACGUAAUAAACAAAAGUAAUGAAAUUUAAUUCAUUGAAAUGUUCCUUCCUCAAAACAAUAAGUUAUAAACUGUAUAAUAAAUCAAAACUCUUCUCUCUAAAUCUCACUACACAUUAAAAUAAUCAGGAUUUUCUGACAUGGUUAGAAUUUUAUUUAUGAAUCCUAAAAUAAUUCCCUCAGUCAAUGAUGAAAGAUUGUUUCCGAAACAGAUUCUAAUGGUCAGACUGGCCUUCAGAUGUGGACAGGCUGCGGUGGCCUGGAUAACAGGUGGAAUGCGUGGAUGGAUUAGUGAAGGAGCCUCUGACUGAGGGUCACAGUUCUAGGCCUGAGACUCUGGAUGAGGCAGCUUUUCAUGUUAAAGCUAUAAACAGACACCUGUAAAAUAGACAUCAAACAAUCAAAAACUCUCACUCUUGAAUGUGAUGUAAAUCUUUGCGUCAUUUGUCCUCGGCUGAAUUCUCACCAGAGGUGACACUUACCUUCAUCCCUGCUGCUGUUUGGCGCGGUGCAUUUCAGGACUCUCACCAGAUGAGAAUGAGAGGUGAAGGCUGACCUGUGGCUGCCAGCCUCCCACUGUCCUCAGGAGAAAAGCGUGAAGAUGAGAGAGAGACAGACAUAAGAAUAAACAAAUGAUCGGGCUCUUUGAAGAUGUGAAGCGAUGCGUCUUUCAUGUGCUCCCACAGAGGCUCUCGUUCUGGACAAAACCUCUGACAGUCCAAUGUCACAUUUCAUAAUAACAUUAACUUCCUAAGUUUGCUGCAGCUUCAUAACUUUGUCCUGACCUCAGAGUGGUUCUCACUAUCAGCUUAGGUUUAGAAGAUGAUCUGGUAAAGUGGUAAUCUGCAGGAUUAAAUCUUCUAUUUUGGUCUCAUUUUUGAUGCUAAUCAAAAACUCGUCCUUGUGCUUCUGCUCUGCAGAGAGAGAUUAAAAUGUUCACAGAUGAAUCCCAAUGACUUCAUGAUCCCCUGACUUAUUAGCGAUGUUGGUGGUUAAUAUUACAAUAAAUCCGUUGAAGCUAAUGUCAAUAAUUAGGCUUCUGAUUAAAUAGGUUUCUAUCAGCCUCGUCCUAAUAAUCAAAUGGUGCUCUGUCAAACACUCUAUAUAGUCUUUCAAAGUAAUCAGGCUCCCGAUGUAGGUUCUGUCUUUUAUCGAGACACAGUCUUUGUUUUUUGUGACUGUAAUGUACAUAUUAAGCCAGUGUGACUCAGGUCUGAGGCGCUUUUAUGUAAUAAAUAAGCCCAGCUUUGUUUCUGUAGCUCUAGCAAAGGUCAGCCGUGUCGCUGUCAUUGUCGGCGCUGAGCCGAGCCGCCGCGCACCCGAAACACUCCAUUUAUCAUCUGAAAGUCAUUAAGGCUCUGAGUCAGACUUCAGUAAACAAAAGUUACGAAGUGGCCGUGAACGUUUUUUUCUUGUCUCCGUCAGAGCUGCUUAUUCUUGUGAAGGAUCAUCUCUCAUUUCAGUAGCAGGAAAAACUAAGUGAAUGCUGAGAUAAUAGCACUUAGGUCUGUCUGCACACUGGAGAACAACCUUGUUAGCUUAUCUGGAGACGGGACCCUGGCUGUUGUGUGAGAGUUAUUACACUGAGAAAUAAGACCAGAAUAUUUCUUCUGUUCCAUUUCCAUAAAUAUUAAUAUUCAACAUUAUAGUGUAGCCAUGAAUGGUGUCAUACGGACCAGCAGAGGGCAUGUAAUGCCUCAAUAACUGGAGGUAAUGAAGCAAGAUGUUUGCUCAUGAGUCAUUUAUACAGUUUAAACCAUAUUACAGCCAGAAACUAUCAAUGCUCUCACUGUUCAAACUGUGGGGAACAACAACUGUAAUAAACACUUAGACGCUGAUGAUGAUAGAACAUCACAGACAACUUUCACUUAGCUUCACUUUUAGAUGGUCCAUAUUUAGCACUAAAUUUCUGUUUUCCCUUAAAUAUUAAAUUCUGAAUUGUUGUUUGUGCUCCAGAUUUUGUGUAAAAGCUGUAAUGUCACAACCAACAUGAAGUAUUUCAAGACUGAAGCUCAUUCUUUCCACAAACACUUGAAAGCAGCAACUGCCCUUCGGAAGAAAUCACUGUUAGUCACACAGAUGUAGCUGAUGAAUUUCAGCCUUGGAUCUGCAGCAUUCGAAAUAUUUAUAAAGUAUAUCACAUGAAUGUCACAACAAAACAGAGCUGUCCUUGCUCGUGUUAGUAAAAUGGCUACAGGACAUCAUGUUGAUGUGCUGUUUGUGAGAUGAGUGCAGCGUGAGAGCUGGGUGCAGCUUUACAUGGCUCCAUGCAGACUCUUUUCAUCUAUAGCGGAGGAAAGGCAAGAUGCUUUGUGCACUUGGAAAUCAGCAGCUGCCCACGCAACAGCACCCACUUACUCACAAUGGCACAGCUUGUCACAGCCGGUGUCAAACUCAGAAGGUCACCGUUAACUUUGUGAGUGUGAGUGUAAGACUCAUAGGAAAUGACAAAUUUUAGACGUCCUAACUUGUAAAUAGCGAAAAUAUUUACAGUUGGCUCUUUUGCUGGGUGUUGAUGAAGUCUGGGCUUUUGCUUUUGUACAGACGUCUGCAGCAUCAAUAAACUACAACAAAAAAAACAUA